AUGAAAGUUUUUAAAAAUCCCAAGUUCGAUGAAGAAGCUUAUCCAGUCAAGAAUCGUUGCAAGAUACUCAACGAAGACAUUCGAAAAGAAAUAAUAGAAUACCUUGAUAAAAAGCAGAAUUUCUUUAAGAAGAAUAAUCUUUCUAAAAUAAAUGUUGAAGCCAAUAAGAUUGUAUAUGCAAUCAAUAGUCACCCGGAUAAACACAGACAUAUCGUUAUCAUUCCUCAAGCUUCAAUAGUCCGUCAAAAUAAUAUUUUGGGUCCAAAAUUAUUCUUCAUGGUCAUUCAAGCAGAAAUUAAUGAUCCAACAAUUAAAACUUAUGAUGAUGUCGUACAAAUUCUUACCUCCAAAAAGUCCGUAAGCAUUCACCCUUUUUUAACUUUCAAAUAUUAUUAUUGCGGAAAUUUUUGGACAUCAUCGUUUUAUAGCAUAUUACCUCAUUUCAGUGAUAAUCUUCAAUAUGAUGAAGCCUUUGAACUUCUUGGUGUCAAAUCUGGUUUUUUUUUUAACAUUUAUGUUGAGAGCUUCAUUGGAUAUUUUUCUUCUGCUAAAUCUCAUCUGUUAGGUAUUCGUUUGAUGGAUUCAGAUGAUUCCAAAGUUUUAUUUUGCAAAGAUGCAGGUCCCAUUCAUGAUGAUUGCAGUGGUAAAAUAUUACUUGAAGCUAUCACACUCAAUGAAAAUGGAUCAAUACAAGGUGUUUUUUCAGAUUGUUUCAGGCUCUUUAAAUCUAUAUUUAAAUCCAAAAAUAAAGAUAAGCUUGAAUCUGAUCAUGUACCUUUAAUCAAGCAUCAAAAAUAUGAUUGA